AGGAUGCUCCAAAAAUUAAAUUAAAAAAUGGCAUGAAAAACAAAAACACACAAUACACAGAGAACACAAAAACAAUACACAGAAAACUAAAACAAGGGUCUAGCAAAACCACCAAAUCUCUUUUGAAAAAAAAUAAAUAAAUAAAAACAACAACUAAAUCUUCAAAAAAAAAAAUCUUAAGUUUUAGAAGUAACAUGCAACAAAAUAAGAAGAAAAAUCCAUAAAAGCAAUUUUAAUUACAGAGAUGAGAUUUUUUUUUUAAUGUUUAGGAUAUUACACCAACACAAAAAUAGAAAAAGAGCAACAAAAAUAUCAAUCAAAAAUAUCAAUGGGGAUAACAAUUACCAUUUUCAGAAAUAGAAAAAUCUUUUAAAUGUAGCUAAUUAAAAAAAAAAUCUGAUAAAAAUACCUAAUGUAGUUAGGGGGAAAUCACAUGUGAUUGUUAUUUUAUUUUUAUUUUUUUUCACCAAAAAAAGAAGAAGAAAGAAAGACACUUAAUUUGAGUAUAAAUAUACCAUGAUAUUAUCAAUGAUGGUCAUAUCUAAUUUUGUGUACUGAAAACAUCUGAGUUUGGAUUGAAUUAAGUGUACAACCAAAGUGAAGAAAAAAAAAUGGAAGACAAUCCUCCACCCGAAAACAAUCCUCCAUUGGAAGAUGAUCCUCAACCGGAAGACGAUCCUCAACUAGAAGACGAUCAACCACCGGAAGACAAUCCUUUAGCAUGUUCAGCGUGCAAGUUUCUGAGAAGGAAAUGCAAUGAGGGAUGCAUAUACGCGCCCUACUUUCCUCAUUACGAACCACAAAAGUUUGCCACCAUCCAUAGGGUUUAUGGUGCAAGCAACGUCAGCAAGAUUCUAAAUGGUAUUAACCCUAAUCAGCGCAUGGCAGCUGUGAACUCCUUAUUCUAUGAGGCACAAGCACGCAUCCGUGACCCAGUCUAUGGGGUCAUAGGCUUCAUAUCCAUCCUCCAUAAUCGCCUUAACCAAACCCGAUCCAAGAUCAACUCGACCUCAAAUGACCUAGCCACUCACAUUGGCCCUCACCCAGCUCAAUUCGAUCAGCUUCACCCGCACCCUGAUCAUAACAGUGUCCCUCCCAUGCCUACUAAUCCCGAGUUGCGCCCAUUUUACUUUGAGAAUAUUCCUCUUUCGCAACAACAAGAUGCAAACAACAAUGUGGGAGUUAGGGGACCAACUGCACCCAUGAGUUCACCAGAAGUUAUGGAGCAAUUCCAUUGGCAGAUGGCGGCCGCAAGUCCCUUCUACCGCGGCAAUCGUCGUGGUGAUGAUGGUGCUAGUUCUUCUAGGGCUGCUGCAGCUGCUAAUGAUGAUGCACCAAAUGAUUUUUCUCUUCACAGUCAGCUUCAAAAUCUGCUCCAACUCAAUGUUGAUCUUAAGGAAGCUGAUGAUAAUGAGAAGGACAAUAAUUGAGCCUUCUUUUAAAAGGGUUUUACUGCACAUCUUAAUUAGCGAAUAAAAUACUCGAAAGAAGAUUGGAUCAUCGUUCAUAUGUAUGAGGGGAGCUACAAAAAGAUUUAGAUAUGAACAUUUUAUAUUUUAAAUAAACUCUUUGUAUUUGAGAAGUUAUUGGAAUGUCUAUUAGUAAGAUUUAAUUUCUAAUGAACUUUGCUUUACUAGAAAAAUAAGAUACAUAUGUACAAGUAAAAAAAAUAAUUAGUGAUAGUUAUUGUCACUAAUAUAUUUUUCAAUUAUAUGAAAAUAUGUAUCCAAUAAAUUAUUGUUUUAAUGGUUUAUGUCAUACUAAAUUUGGCUAUGCAUUGUUUUUUUUAAAAAAAAAAAAUUACAAUUUAAAUUUAAAGUCACAAUAUUUUUUUAAUUUUUUAUUUUUUAUUAAAUGUGGCUAUAAAAUGUUUUUU